AUGGCGAUCCAAAAAAAGCACGGUAAAGGUCGUUUGGAUAAGUGGUAUCGCCUGGCAAAGGAAAAGGGAUACAGGGCAAGAGCAGCAUUUAAGCUGGUACAGCUGAAUAAAAAGUAUGGCUUCUUGGAAAAGAGCAAGGUGUUGCUCGAUCUUUGUGCUGCACCAGGUUCAUGGUGUCAAGUCGCCGCAGAAUGCAUGCCCGCUCAAAGUCUAAUCGUCGGUGUCGACUUGGCCCCAAUCAAGCCUAUCCCCCGAGUUAUCACCUUCCAACAAGAUAUCACAACUGAAAAGUGUCGCGCCACUAUUCGGUCGCAUCUUAAGCACUGGAAAGCGGAUACUGUCUUGCACGAUGGUGCUCCGAACGUCGGUACGGCGUGGGUUCAGGAUGCUUUCUCCCAAGCGGAACUGGUGCUCGAAUCCCUAAAACUCGCUACAGAGUUUCUUGUUGAGGGUGGUACAUUUGUCACGAAGGUCUUCAGAUCCAAAGACUACAACCCUUUACUUUGGGUUUUCAAGCAGCUUUUCAUGUCUGUCGAAGCGACCAAGCCUCCGUCCUCUCGAAAUGUGUCCGCCGAAAUCUUCGUUGUCUGCCGCGGUUACAAGGCACCGAAGCGCAUUGACCCCAAGUUCCUUGAUUCCAAACAUGUCUUUGCCGAACUGGCAGAUCCUACUCCCAACAAUGAGGCCAAGGUUUUCAACCCUGAGAAGAAGAAGCGGAAGAGAGAGGGUUAUGAAGAGGGCGAUUGGACACAAUUUAAGGAGAUCCCUGUAACGGAGUUCAUCAACACCACAGAUCCGAUUGCGAUUCUCGGUUCGUGCAACAAGCUUAGUUUCCAGCAACAACCCGGAGGAGACCUUGCUUUAGCCACUUUGGAUCGACUUCCAGAAACCACCGACGAGAUCAGGAAUUGCUGUGAGGACCUGAAAGUUCUGGGUAAGAAAGAAUUUAGGAACCUUCUCAGGUGGCGUCUCAAGGUUCGCGAGAAGUUUGGACUGGUAGUAAAGAAGGGACAAGCCAAGGAUGAUGAAGCCGAAGAGGUUGCCGAGAUUGCUCCUAUGGAUGAUGAGCUUGCAAUCCAAGAAGAACUUCUCCGUCUUAAGGAAAAGGAGAGUGCUAGAAGUAAGAAGGAAAGGCGCAAGGAGAAUGAGAGGAAACGCAAAGAGAUCGUUCGAAUGCAGAUGCACAUGACAACUCCUAUGGAUAUUGGAAUGGAGCAACUGGGUCCCGGAGGGGAGGAUGCUACAUUUUCUCUCAAGCGCGCUGAGAAGGCCGGUGCGGCCGCUGCCAUGGCAUCAGGCAAGGAAUUGGCUGUCAUUGAGAGCGAAAGCGAAGAGUCCGAGUCCGAAACGGAAUACGAUGAUAGCGAUGAUGAGGGGGAUCGGUUGGAGAGAGAACUUGACUCGUUAUAUGAGCAGUAUCAGGAACGCAAAGAAGACAAGGACUCGAAGUUGCGAGCGAAGAAAGCUCGGAAAGACUACGAGGCGGACGAGUGGGAAGGAUUCUCUGACUCGGACAAAGAAGGAAGCGAUGACGAAGAAGACGAAGCAAAACCCAACGUUCCUGUUGUUCCUACCAAUGGUGCUCUAUCCAAUAACGCUGCACUGUUCUUUGACCAGGACAUCUUUCAAGGUUUAGACGAUGUUGAGGAUGAAGAGGACGAAGCAGAGGGCACAAACAACAUGACUGUUGCGAACGAGCGGGAAGAGCAACAGGAAGAGGAAGAGGAAGAGCAGCCGAAAAGUGAAGCUGCUCCUGAGAAAAAGAAGAAGGUCAAGGAAACGGCAAAUAGUAAGCCGUCUGAAGACUCUUCUGAUGAUGAGUACGAGGACACGGAUGAACCGCGCAAAAAGAAUGGCCAACUCGACAUUGAUAUCAUUACGGCAGAGGCUAUGGCACUGGCUCAACAAAUGGCUACUGGAGAAAAGAAGUCACAAGAUGUGUUCGAUGACGGAUUCAACCGCUAUGCGUUCCGAGACGUCGAUGGUCUCCCGGAGUGGUUCCUCGAUGACGAAAAUAAACACAGUAAACCAAACAGGCCAAUCACCAAAGCAGCCGCAGCCGCAAUCCAGGAGAAGUGGCGCGCUAUCAACGCACGGCCUAUCAAGAAGGUGAUGGAGGCCAAGGGCCGCAAGAAGUUCAAGGCAGCACAGAGGAUCGAGAAGUUACGCAAGAAGUCUGCCUUGCUGGCGGACGAUGAAACAAUGAGUGAGAGAGAUAAGGCGCAGGCGAUUGCGCGAAUGAUGAGCAGAGCGGCCAAGAAGAAGCCCAAGCAGAACGUGAAACUGGUCGUUGCCAAAGGAGGUAACCGGGGUAUCUCUGGCCGGCCUAAAGGCGUCAAGGGCAAGUACAAGAUUGUGGAUGCGAGAAUGAAGAAGGAUGUGCGGGCUCAGAAGCGCUUGGCGAAAAAGAAGCAAAAGUGAACUGUGAAGUGAAUGUACAUAGACUAGCUAGAGAAUCUGAUACCCGUGACCGCAGCUGUAUACUGAA